ACACCAAGAUGUACACGUGGAAACGCGGAAUAAUUCAAACGAAACAUAAUUCCACGUUUAAUUAAAACAGAAAUAAUAUAUUUAAUCAGACUGAAUUUGGAAUGCAUUUGCGGUUUUUAAGAGGUCAGUGGGUCAAAGAUGAAAGGUAACCCCAGUACUUGGUGACGUUGCCAGGAGGAUGUUCUAUUGAAUCUUUCCUGAAACGUAUCGAAUAAAACAAACAAACAAAAAAAUAACAUACUGGGACUGGUUCUGCUAGUUAUUUUUGAGGUGAAGAAGCUCUGCUGUGGAAGUAUCAGAAGAUGGAUUUAGUUUUUAAGAGGAAAAACCGGCAUCCAUUAUCCACAAAUACAUAUAUUUCUAUACGUUUCUGAAGUGUUUUAUCUUUAAAUACGAUCUGCGAAACGUAUCCUUCCACGGAAAAGAAUUUGAUCAAAAGACACCCAUAAUGGGACGCCUGGGUGUUUGAUUGUAACACUUGUCUGGACGAGCUUCUCGUGGUACUUCUCAGUGGUCCAUGAUUUCGGGGUUUGAGUGGAAUCGCUGUCGGGCGGGAGUACAAACAUGGAUUCAAACUCGAAAAACAUCAUGGACAUGUUUGAAAGGGGUAAAGUAGUUAAAAUCUGUGCUCCGAUGGUUCGUUAUUCUAAGCUGGCGUUCAGGUCCCUGGUGAGGAAAUACGACUGCGAUGUAUGCUUUACUCCUAUGAUCAUUGCAGCCGACUUCAUGCGAUCAGCCAAAGCAAGAGACAGUGAAUUUACAACCAAUCAAGCGGAUCGCCCGCUGGUCGUGCAGUUUGCCGCUAACGACCCCCAGACACUAGCUGAAGCGGCCAGCGCGGUGGCCCCCUUCUCCGACGGCGUGGACCUCAACUGCGGCUGUCCUCAGAGAUGGGCCAUGGCAGAAGGGUACGGUGCAUGUCUGAUAAAUGAUCCCGAGCUGGUGAGGGACAUGAUACAGCAGGUCCGAUCCCGAGUGGAGAACCCCAGAUACAGCGUCUCUAUCAAAAUACGGAUCCACAAGGACCUCAGGCGGACCGUGGACUUGUGCCAGAAGGCUGAGAUGGCCGGGGUGUCCUGGGUGACCGUCCACGGCCGGACCGUGGAGGAGAGGCACCAACCGGUCCACUAUGACGCCAUAAGGACCAUCAAGGACAGCGUCUCCAUCCCAGUGAUCGCCAACGGGGAUGUGAAGAGCCUCAAAGAUGUGGAGUCUACCUGCUUGCGCACUGGGGUCGAUGGUGUGAUGGUUGCCCGGGGUCUGCUGGCCAAUCCCGCCAUGUUCGCUGGCUAUGAAAACACGCCGCUGGAGUGCGUGUGGGACUGGGUGGACAUCGCCCUGGAGCACGGCACGCCUUUCACGUGUUUUCACCAACAUCUGAUCUACAUGUUGGAGCGCGUCAGCUCGCCGGCGGAGAGGAGGGUGUUCAAUGCGCUGUCCAGCACCUCGGCCGUCAUCGACUACCUCCGCCAUACCUACAGCUCCUGACUGCCACAGAUUCCCUGCCGUUAAAGCCGAAACUUGUUUUAUUUAAUAAAAAUUACUUUUAAUGCAGA